AUGGAUACGACGACAACAACAACUAGUGAACCAUCAACAGUAGUUGUAGAAGAAACGAAAAGUGUUGUAGUUGAAGAAAUCAAACCAUCGACUGAAACAACAACAACGACAACUGCAGUUGCUACUACUGCUCCUGUUCAUAAACAUGAUAAUAGAAAGUUUCAUCAAUCAGAAGCACCAGUUAAAGCAGAGUUUAGAUUACCAAUUCCAGCUGCUGUUGAAAGGGGUAAUAACGUAAAGAGAGAAAGAACAACUGGUGGUGAAGGAGGUGAAGGUGAAGAAUCAGUUGCUGCUGCACCAGAACAAACAGCCCAGAAAAAAGCUAGAGAACAAAAACCUAAAAAGGUUAAGAAACAAAGAAGAGAAGAUGUACCAAAGGAAUUAAGAUUAUGUCAACUUAAUCUUAGAUCAGGAACAUGUACAUAUGGAGAUUCAUGUAAAUACAGUCAUGAUUUGGUUAAAUAUAUGGAAUUGAAACCAAAAUCUAUUGGAGACAAAUGUAUCUUUUUCGAUACCUAUGGUUUCUGCAAGUAUGGUAUCACUUGUAGAUUUGGUGAUUUACAUAUCAAUGGUACACAAUCACUUGUCGAUGAAGAAAAGAUGAAAAAGUAUCAAGAACAAGAAGCAUCAUCAAAAAACAAGAAAAAUGAUGUCCCUCCUGAAGUUCAAACUGCACUUAGAAAAAAGACAUUAAAGUAUCCAAGAUCAACAGAAUACUAUAAAAAGAAUAAUAUCUCUCAAAGAGGUGAAAAUAAUAAUAACAAUAAUAAUAAUAAUAAUAAUAAUAAUAAUAAUAAUAAUAAUAAUAAUAAGAAACCACAACAACAAGAUCAAUCUCAACCAACAACUACUGCUGCUACUACUACAACAACAACGAUUGUAGAAGAAAAAAAGGUUGAGGAUGAAAAGGUAGAAACUAAAGUAGAAGAAACUACUUCUACUUCUACUUCUACUUCUACCUCAACAAUUAAAGUAACACAAUCACAUGAAGAUACACAAAUUGAAAAAGAAAUUAAAUUAAGAGCAUGUGAAAAAAAGACAAUUUCAUUCAAGGAUCAAUUAUAUCUUGCACCUUUGACAACUGUUGGUAAUCUUCCAUUUAGAAGAUUGUGUAAGGAUUUGGGUGUCGAUAUUACAUGUGGAGAGAUGGCAUUGGCAAGUAAUAUUGUGAUUGGUCAACAAAGUGAACUUGCAUUGUUUAAGCGUCACGCGAGUGAGGACAAGUUUGGUGUGCAAGUGUGUGGUCCACACCUCGACUCGAUGAUCCAUACGGCCGAGUUUAUCAACGAGUAUAUGGAUGUUGACUUUGUCGAUAUCAACUCGGGAUGUCCAAUUGAUUUGGUGUGCAAUAUGGGUGCUGGUGCUGCCAUGAUGGAGAGACCAAAUAGAAUGGAGACGUUGGUACGUGGCAUGUCGAGUGUUUUGGAUGUACCAUUGACCAUCAAGAUUCGUAUUGGCAAGUCUGAGGAAUCACCCAAUGCACACAAACUCAUUCCUAACCUCAAGGAAUGGGGUGCUCAAGCAGUCACCUUACACGGACGUUCAAGAGCACAGCGUUACACACGUCUUGCCAACUGGGAGUAUAUCCGUGAGUGUGCUGAUAUCUCCCCACUCCCUCUUAUUGCCAACGGCGACAUUUACAACUGGCGUGACAUUGAAAAGGUCAAAGAGAGCAAGAUCUCAUCGUUGAUGGUUGCCAGAGGCGCCCUCAUCAAGCCAUGGAUCUUUACCGAAAUCAAGGAGCGCAGAGACUGGGACAUUUCAGCGUCUGAGCGUCUCGACCUCAUCAAAGACUUUGUCAACUAUGGUCUCACUCACUGGGGAUCCGAUCAACAAGGUGUCGACAACACCCGUCACUUUUUACUCAACUGGCUCUCGUUUACACAUCGAUAUGUACCCGUUGGUAUCCUCGAGUCUGCCUACUCCAAGAUCAACGAACGUCCACCAGGUUACUUUGGCAGAUCCGACAUGGAAACUUUGAUGUGCAGUAGCAAUAUUAGAGAUUGGGUUAAAAUCUCUGAAAUGUUCCUUGGUCCAGUUUCCCAAGACUACAUCUUUGUUCCAAAACAUAAUUCAAAUAGUUAUGAAGCUCAAGGUUAA